GCUUGAUUUGCUUCAGGAGAACAUCAGCAACCAUGAGAGCAGUUUGGGCCAGCAUUUUGCUCAACGCCUCCUUGCAAGCUCUUUCAGGAGUUAUCGUUGUUCGGCUGGGGGACCAUGAUUUUCAAUUGGAUGAUGUGAUUCAUCUGAAGGAGGUGAUGGAUAAUGAGAUCAUCGAGAGGCCACGUUUCACCUACUUGGGAACCCGCUCCUUCUGCAACAACACAAAACUGCCUGAAGCGUUUAAGCCGAUCUGCAGCAAGGGAGAUGCUCCCCAGGUCUUCUACACACUGAGGCAGAUUGCUGCAAACCCUUAUCUUUGUACCAUUUGUGCCUACGUUGCUUGUGUUGGCUGCAGCUAACUUCGUGUGUGGACACCUAUCCCAUGAGUAAUAUAUCCAUCCCUUUACUGUUCUCCAACACAUUUAACCAUAUAGUUCAUCAGGAAGGAAUCAAGGUAUGUGAUUUAUGCCCUAUGAUUAAGAAGACAUAAAUCAAAAACUUCAUGUUGAAAACCUCCACUAUCAUCAAUGUAUUCAUCCCACAGAACAGAAGGAAGUUAUUAAGGCUGUUGUAUGUGAUCAUCUUCAAGCAUAUUCACAAAACAUUAUCUCCACUUUCUGAGGGUGACUGACAAGGAUUCCGUUCUCUCAGUAUGACAUUUUGCCUACGUUCUGGUAAGAUGGCAGCGCGUUCAGAUGCAGUGGACUCUCGGGGGCCAACCAAAGGUGUUUAUUUUUGUUAAAUGUCUUUUUGACAAUCACAAGACAAUGCUGGACUCCAAGAACUUCAGGUAAUGCAGGUCUACCCCAUCAGAGAGCUGCUUGUUAAUCAGAGGAGCUGGACCGGGCAUCGGAAGUUCUGGAGUGGGUGUCGGAGGAGAUGGACUGGGUGUAGACUGUUUUGCUGCCAGGAAGGCAUUGAAGGCAUCAGAGUUGGUGUACAAUGGUGGCAUGUGGACUAACGUGGAUGAUUGUCUUGGAUAUUUCACGUGAUUGAAAGACCCUGUUGGACUGUAAGAUGCCACAGGCCUAUUGCCCUUGUUAGGUGAUAUGGCAGAUGGUAGGCAGGAGAGCUGCAUGGCCUUGGUUGAGGCGGGGACAAGGCCUUAAGCUGUGGGCUUGCCUGCUGCUGCAGUCCAAAAGAUGAAAUGCUGGAGACGAUGCGUGUGACAUCUAUGCUCAGUUGGGGACUGGUCUCUCCCAUCGGUGCUGCCCUCCAGUGUUCAAUCAGUGGGAUGACAGGCUGGAUUGCAGUGUCUCACACUGCCAGGAAUGCACCAUCAAUUUGCAAGACAUGUCGCUCAGGGACUUGGGCUAUAUGUAUGAUUUUUGCAUGACUAUGUUUUUGGUUGAAUAUUUUGAUUAAUGUGCUGCAUAUGUUUUGCACCUUGGCCCCAGAGGAAUGCUAUUUCAU